AUGGCUCUAACAAAGUCAUCACUGUCACUGGAGUCCAGUGAGAGUGACUCUGAAGAGUUGCCAACGUUUGCCUUUCUGAAGCAGGAAGCGUCUUCAACGAAGAGGAGGCAGCCUCAGAGGGAGAAGAUUGUUGUGGUUGACACCUCGGAUUCUGAGGCCUCCCGUCCUCCAUCACCAAAGUUGAGAGAUACACCACCUGUCCCAGACAUAGCGGAACGUGUCCCACAAACGGAGCCAGUCAGGGUGCUAAGCAGUGGAAGUGAGGAUGAGGAAGAAUUAAUCCCCCUGGCCCAGAGGCUUACAUGUAAGUUUCUGACCCGUAAGCAGCUGAGCCCUGAGGACGCUAGCUCCCCGAUUCAAACUGUGUGGGGUCAUCGGAGUACUGAAGGAGCAUCAUGUGGCUGGAAAAAACAGUCCUUUCCAAAGGUCCCUGAUGCCUCCUUCCGUGACACCUCAGAGAGACGUUCAUCAAGUAACAGGGACCCUGUGGGAGACCGUCUGUGCCAUCAGCUUCCAGCCUUCCAAGCCACCUGCCCUGUGCAGAGCGACAGCUUGACAGCGACCAAAACAAAUGCUGAAGCCCCCCCACUUCAGAAGAGAACCAAGCAUAGUCAGAAGGUCCAGAGGAGAGGCUCACGGGGAUGCCAGCCGCGGGGACAAGCAAGCCGGAAGGAGAGCACCCUGAGACAACAGGAAAGGCAGAAGAAGGCGGCCCUGGUGAAUAGGCUGAAAGCGCAGAGGCCCGAGGAAUGCUUAAGGCACAUCAUUGUGGGGCUGGAUCCAGUGCUCUUACAGCUGGAAGGCGGAGGCCAGCUCCUCGGGGCGCUGCAGUCCAUGGAGUGCCGCUGUGUGAUUGAGGCACAGGCCGUGCCUUGCAGCAUCACCUGGAGGAGAAGGGCCGGGCUAGCUGAGGAUGGAGAGGAAGGCUGGGUGGAGGAACCGAUGGUCCUGUUGCUGCUCCUGGCAGAGGCGUUUGUGUCCAUGGUCUACAAGUUCAAGCAGGGAAGCCUGGGUGACUCUGAGAAAGGGAAGGAAACACUCCGGAGCUUCGUAACUGACACCGCAGCGAGGACAGCUGGGAAGGCUCUGUCCCUGGUGAUUGUGGACCAGGAGAAAUGCUUCAGCGCUCCCCAUCUUCCGAGAAGAAGGAAACGGGGAGUGGCAAACAGAGAACAGGCCAAGGAGAAGAAGCGGAGACAACCAGAGGCCAGCGCAGGGCAAAUGGUGUCCAGGGUAGACGUGGAAGAGGCAUUGGUGGAUCUGCAGCUAUACACCGAAGCCCAGGCCCGAAUCGUGCAGAGCUGGAAAGAGCUGGCCGACUUCACCUGCGCAUUUACAAAGGCUGUGGCCGAGGCGCCCUUCAAGAAGCUUCGAGAUCAAACCAGUUUCUCUUUCUGCCUGGAGAGUGACUGGGAGGGAGGGGCAAAGGUUGACCGAGCUGGCAGGGGGCUCGCGCUGGUCUGGAGGAGACAGAUUCAGCAGCUGAACAGAGUCAGCCUGGACAUGGCCAGUGCCAUUGUGGACACCUAUCCCUCCCCGCAGCGUCUGGUCCAGGCUUACAGGCGGUGUUUUUCGGAGCAAGAGCGCCAGAAUUUGCUUGCGGACAUACAGGUUCGCCGUGGGGAAGGUGUGACCUCCACCUCCCGCCGUGUUGGACCAGAGCUCUCCAGGCGGAUCUACCUUCAGAUGACCACUCUGCAGCCAGCUCUCUCUUUAGACAGUGCAGACUGA